CACCCCGCCGUCGCUCGCCUCGCCGAGCGAUACGCCGACGGCUCGAUCCGCGGCGGCCGCGCGCGGUGCAUCGCGCUUCUUCACACCCUGAAGAUCGUCAUCGCGGACUUUCAGACCCCCUCGGACGCCAAGUACGCGCACGCGCUGACGACGUGCGUGAACGCGGUCGUGCAGCAUAUCCAGUCCGCGCGCGCGAUGGCGGUGUCCAUGGGCAACGCGUCGCUCAAGACGCACCUCGCGCGGAUGGCGGAGGCGCCGACGCCGCCGAGCGACGAGGAGUCGCGGAAGAAGACCCUCGGUCACCUGGAGUACUUUGAAAGGGAGAAGCUGAUUCAGGCGGGGAAGUUCAUCGCGGAGCACGGCGCCGGGGAGAUCGCGGACGGGGACGUGAUCGUGACGCACGGGGCGUCGCAUCACGUCGUGGAGAUUCUUCUCGCCGCGUUCGACGCGGGGAAGACGUUUCGCGUCGUCGUCGUCGACUCCCGACCGAAGCUCGAGGGCCGAGAAACCCUGAAACGCUUACUCGGCCGCGGGAUCCCAUGCGCGUACACCACCCUCGCGGGUUUAGGGUACGUGCUGCGGAAAGGCGGCGCCACGAAGACGCUCGUCGGCGCCGCCGCGGUGCUCGCGAACGGCGCCGUGGUGAGCCGCGUCGGCACCGCCGUCGUCGCCGCCGCGUCGACGCACCGCGGCGUUCCGGUGCUCGUCGCCGCGGAGACGUGCAAGUUCCACGAGAGAGUGCAAGUGGACGCGAUCGCGAGCAACGAGCUCGGGAACCCGGCGGAGAUCGUCGACGUCGGGAGCGGGAGCGGCGGGAGCGGCGGGAACGGGGGGGGCGGUGGGGGCGGGAGGGGCGGGGGGUCGCCGGAUUCGCCGCUGCGCGGGUGGGAGGACGCGGAACGGCUGAGCGUUCUCAACUUGCUCUACGACGUGACGCCCGCGGAGUGCGUGAAGAACAUCGUGUGCGAGAGCGGUCUGGUCGCCCCUGCGGACGUCCCGUCGUUCUUGCGGUGA